AUGGAUAAUUGGAAAAAGAUGUUUAAUUCACACCAAAGUACUCAAUUUCAUAAACAAUCUAUUACUGCGUACGAAAAUCUAGUAAAAAUUCAAGAGGGAGGUCAGGAGAAUGUAAUAGACUUAAUAGAUGGAAACAGAAAAAAAAAACAGGUGGCAGAAAAUAGAGCUAAAAUUAAACCACUUAUAGAAACUGUAUUAGUAUGUGGUAGGGAGGAAAUGUCACUUAGAGGACAUCGAGAUGCCGGGGAACUGAAAAUAAAUAAUAGUUCCGCAAAAGAAGGAAAAUUUCGUGCAAUUUUAAAAUAUAGAGAAAAAGGGGACGCUGAAUUAAGAGAAACACUUGAGCAAUCAAAUAAAAGAGCCACCUAUAUAAGCCCAAAAAUUCAGAAAUAA